CGUCGCUCAACUAUCACGCAAGCGGUACACAGAACGCUCCACGGUGCUCCGGAAACCCUUAAAGAUCGUCGAUCAUCCUAACACUUUCUUCACAACUCCACAAUGGUCGAGGAGAAUAAUAGCUCAACGCCCGAUAAUGCCAUGUGGACAAUACAAGGUCGAGAGCGUCCCAGUGCUUCCCAGAGGUUGCACAACCUUACUUCAGCCACAUCCUCGCCAUUGGCAUCCUCCAGCCUGCCCUUGCCACAGAAUAUAUUCACUAAUCCCGCCAUCCAGCCCUCCAGUGUGAUCAACUUGUCGCACUCCACCGAUGUGGUUAUUGGACCCAUGACCCAAUACCAGGGACCGGUAUCUAUUUACUAUAUGGAUGCCAGUAUGGAGGCACACGCCAUGCAAACCGCAGCCGGAAUCAACAGCAAUGGAAUCGGUAAUGCCAAUCGUAGCCGCGAUAGUUCCCCAUCCAAGCGACUGACCAGAAACACCAUCCUACUGAUUACCCUGAUCUUACUGGUCCUGGCCACCGGACUGAUUGUGCUCUACGUGGAACUCAAUCGACCCAAGCCGGAGUUGCCCAGCAACAAGGCCAUCUACUUCGGCAACACCUACGACCACGACACGUUUCCGAAUCUAGGAAACGGACACCUGGUCAUCGACCGAGAGCAGUGGGGAGCAGCCAAGACCACUCCUGCCCUGACCAUUCCCCUGAAGAGGCCCAUACCCUAUGUCCUGAUCACACACAUCGGAGUGCAGUCGUUGCCCUGCGAAAACAUCUACAAGUGCUCCAUUAAAAUGCGAACCAUUCAGGAUUCGGCGAUUGCGGAAAAGAGUUUGCCGGACAUUCAAUCAAAUUUUUAUGUCUCCGAUGAGGGGAACAUCUAUGUGGGCCGCGGCUGGGACUGGGCCAACACGUAUGCCAACCAGACACUGGCCGUUACCUUUAUGGGCGACUACGGUCGCUUCCAGCCCUCCGCCAAACAGCUGGAGGGCGUCCAAUUCCUGUUGGCCCAUGCCGUGGCCAACGGAGCCUUGGAGGUGGACUACAAGCUAGUGGCUCAGAAUCAGACCAGAACUAGCAAAAGCCCGGGAGCCUAUGUCUAUCGAGAGAUCCGUAAGUGGCCGCACUUCUACGGCUGCGGCAUGGACGAUGGGCCGGCAUGUGGCGUAGAACUGGGAAUGAAACCGGAAUCGUGGGAUGCCAAGCAAUAGCAUUUGACUUUUUACCACCAAUGUGUAUCCGAGCACAAAUUAUAUUUAGUAUAUGUACUAAA